AAUAAUUAAUCCUCCCUUUUUAAAUAUUAAAAGCAAUAAAUACCCAUCACGUUGCAAUAUUGUCUUAAUGCCAUUUGUGUGACGCCUCACGACGUGUGCGGACGUGUUGUGCCAAGUUUCAUUUGUACUAUUUAAGGAACACGGAAUUGUUCAAAAUGCAUCCCGGGUUGUUGGCGUGGGAAUGCGUUGUGUUCGCUUUGUUCGUGUGUGCGUCUUCUUGUUUCCCGUUGUGGCAGAGGAAAAGGGAUGCUGCAGCCGGGGGCGAUGCCAAGAGAGCGUAUAUAUUCGCCGGUGGAGGGGUUUCGACUUUAUCUAUGAUACUGUCCGUAUCAAGAGGAACGUUAGGAGUUCGCUCGUUUUUGGGUUUUCCUUCUGAAUUAGUGUACUUUGGUUCAGCAAUGUGGGAAACUCUUUACGGCAUGGUCUUAGCUUUUCCUCUCGUUUGCUGGAUCUUCAUACCGGUAUACUACAGACUCAGUACGAAUUCCGUCUACGAAUAUUUGCAGAUGCGUUUCGGUUCAAGAUGGGUUCGUCGUCUCGCCGCGGCUACAUUCCUACUCCGUCAGACUUUGAACCUUGCUAUCACAGUCUACACUCCGAGUGUUGCUCUACACGCUGUCCUUGCUUUACCACAUUGGGCAUCAGCAGCUGCUCUAACUAUUGUUGCGAUAGUAUUUAAUUUGUUGGGCGGAUUAGCUGCAGCUAUCAGAGCAGACGUGAUCCAGACCCUUACAAUGGUACUUGUCAGCGGUGCCUUUAUUAUCCAGGCGACAGUGCAAGCUGGGGGACCAGCCCAGGUCAUAUCAGACAAUGUCGAAGGAAGACGACUGGAAUUUCUGAAGUUUACAUGGGACCCAACAGUCAGAGUGGAUACUCUUUCUGCAUUAGUUGGUCAAAUGUUCAUGUCCGUAUCAAUAUACGGCUGUCAGCAGACCUUCGUCCAACGUUACUGCUCUAUGUCCAGUGAAAAAAGAGUCAAGAGGACACUUUUAGCUAAUGUGCCAGCAGUAUUGAUACUCUUCAGUCUGUCAUGGGUAGUCGGAAUGGCAUUGUAUGCGGUUUAUAAAUAUUGUGACCCGUAUAUGUCGGGAAAAAUAGUAGCUAAAGAUGAAGUUCUGCCAUUUUAUGUGCAAGAUCAAUUUACUUUUUUGCCGGGAAUGUUGGGACUGUUUUUGGGGAGCAUCUUUAAUGGAGCUUUAAGCUUCCUGGUAUCUAAUAUGAAUUCUCUGUCAACGGUAACUUGGGAAGACUUUGUAUCAGAGGCACCGGCUUUUAAAGGCAUCAGUAACAAACAACAAUUGACAGUCAUUAAAAUAAUUGGAAUUAUAUACGCUUUAACAAUAAUGUCAUUAUCACUCUGCGUGGGUUUGGUCGGAGGUGUAAUAGAAGGAUCACUCUUAGUAACUUCCGCUACCUCUGGAGCAUUACUCGGAGUAUUUUUAUUAGCAGCUAUAUUUCCUGUUGCAAACGGAAAGGGAGCUUUGUGUGGUAUGAUUGGAUCCCACUUUAUCACAUCAUGGAUGGCCAUUGGAAGAAUUCUAUACGUCAAUGAUAAAAAAUCUAUGCUACCGUUAUCUGUUCAGAAAUGUCCCAACAGCACAUUAAGCGUGUUAGCUCAUAAACCACUCUUAGUUAGUCAAAAUACAACAAUCGCGCAAAUAGUGAAUGUUUUAGACAAACACGUUUAUAAUAAAGGAAAGGAUCAAUCGCCCAUUUUCGCUGCUCUUAUGCGGAUGUAUUCAGUGUCAUACAUGUGGUACGCUGUCAUAGGUACUGUUACUUGCAUAAUAUUAGGAGUUACCAUUGGUUUGCUAACGGCCAGUGAAAGCGACGCCUUUGACGAGAAACUCCUUCAUCCAUUGGUGGCAAAAAUUACUAGAAAAAUGCCAGGCAAAAAGAGAACCUUCACUAAUAUUAUUAAAGAGAAAGUAGUUGAGGUGCAGGAAGUUGAGAAAAUAGAAGAAACGACGCUGGAAGUGAAAUCAGUGUUAUCUUCUAAUGGCAGUAGAUUAUUCGAUGCUUAUGAUAAUAACUUGCAAUCAAGAACCAGACUUUGAUUUAUCAAUAGAUUUAAGUUUAGAUUAAAGUAAUAAAUCAUGCAAAAUAUUUUACUCUUAAACAUAUUAGAUCUGGAAAAAGCGAGAAUAUUAGUUUAUAAUUUGUGGUGUAGAUAGUCAAUGAAAUGGAAAGAUUUAUUAAUGUAUGGCUAGUCAUAUUUAAUUGCCAUAAUGUGAUAUGCUAAAGUGACUGAUUAUAUAAUAAAAUCAUCGCAUUGUACUGUGGUAAUGAAAAUAUGUGAUUGAAUUUGCUAUAACGAUAAAUCCUUUUUUUUUAAGUUAGAAUAAAUAGUGACAUAAUUUUGUAAUAUAUUAAUUUUAUGCGGUAGUUUGAGAGACGAAUUAAAUUAUAAAUGUUUUUUGUUUGUUGUUAUAUUUGUGUGUAUGUAUUUUUUUAGUAGAUUAAGACAACAACUCAACCCGAAUUUAAAUGAUAGACGUUUGAAUGUGGACUAUUAUUUAUAUUUUUUUUGUAAUUAUAUUUCGAUGGAUUUUGUUUUUUAAUGUAUGUGAGGUCUGCGUAUUUGUACAUUUAACCUUAAAUUGUAGUUGUUUAAAAUUUGUUGUAUGACUUUUUUUAAUAGAUACAAAUCAUUGUUAAUAUAAUUUAGAUAUAACAGAUUUCGAAAUAUUUUGUAAAUACAUAUUUCUAAUAUAUUUCAUAAAAAAAUACUUUAUUAAUUUAUUGCAUUUUUUAUAUAUGAUUUCGCAAAUUCACAUCAUAAUAUGUACUUAUGUGAUGUUAUUCAGUAUUUGUAAUAUUAAAACAUUUUUGUAAAUAAAUUUUUCUUCGCUGUAAAUUAUUAAAAGUCGCUUGAAUGAUUACAUAACUCCUAGUUAUUAUUUUUUUAUAUUUGAACCGUGACAUUACAUUAGUGAAAAGUACUUUGUAAAGUCACUUGUGGUUUAUGUACGAAACAAAUUUCACAGGUAUCAUUUGUAGCGAGUGUACCUAAGUGUAAUGCGACCCUUUUUUAGUUUUAGAUUUGGAUUCCGGUCCUUGAAAGAUUAUGUAAUUCAAUAAGCAAAGAACACGUAGAAAAUGUUAACAAUCGCUUGUUAAAUAUGAGUUUUAUUAGAUCAAAUUUACCCUUUAGAUGAGACCUUUUCUAUCACUGGUACUUUGAUGUGAAAAGCCUCUCCUUUCAUCCCUCUUUUAAAAGGAAAAUUGCAUUUGUUGUGUUAUAGCGUAAAAACUACUUUAGUGCUUAUGAGAAAAUUUAUACGUGCGUUGCUCUAAUGGAGGACUCGGAAAUGUUCUGAAAUCUCUCAAGAUGGGAAACUAAAAUAUGUUUAAAUAAUAUUUUAAAAUAAAACAUGAUUUAUAUUCAUCAUGACUUCGGUAUUUUAAUGUCGUUUACUAAAUUUUGGAUUCAAUGAAUAAAUUAGUUACUCCGAA